GGGAGCGUUUGAAAUUUCAUCUGUGGUAAUUGAUGAUCGUAUUGAUGGUCUCCAUUUAUUUCGAUUUCAAAGGGAUGCGGUCUUGAUCAGAGACUCAUUAAGACGUUGUCGGUGGAAGGCCACGAGGAGUUUCUGAAAAGACGCUUACUAUCCCUCCAUGCCAUCAGUAGACUCCCUUUUUAAUGACAAACCCCUGUAAUAAGCCUCCGAUCCUCCAAGUCUGAAUUUCGUUCUGCUUUCGCUGAGAUUUCAUCAGAGAUUUCGUCUUCAAAACAGAGCGCUGACAGCUUCAUCACUGCUGUACCCAAUCUGUUUCUGAUUUCUACUCCAUUUGCAACGCUCCAGUCUCACGUAAGUGAACUUAAAGCAAGCCUAGUGCUCGCCCAUGGACGUGGCACAGGCCCGGUACAAAUAGCACUCGACGGACUUGAGAAAUCCAUCUCCAACACGGCCAUCACGAUUCACAACUCGCUGCACGAUCCCACUAGAAACUAACCUCAGGUCUGUUUUUAUUCAAAUUAUGCUUCUGCUGCUUGGCCCAACUCUGUUUCUACCAGCCCCUCUCUGAAUCUCCAGAAGCGGCACAGUUAAACAAUGCACUACUGAAAGCUCUUCUGCUGUUUUAGUCUUAAUCCACGCUUGUAGGACCGGGAGCAGGUGCUUCUGAAAGCGUUAAAAGUGCUCUAGAACCAUGUGUGUCCAGUGGGCAUUGUUUACAAUUGGCCUAGUCCACAGGAUGGGAGGACAGUAGGGGGACAGCCAGACAGUGGACUCAUGUCAUGGAAGGGGUUGUUGCAGUCGCAGUACAUACAGAGGGCUUGAAUGGUUUUCCACAAGAAUGUAAACAGACAGAGGAUCUAACCAAUGGGCAAUCCAAAUGCACAACUAUCCUAAAUGGACUGACUCCAGCUAAUGGCAUCAAAGACAAUGGCAACUUGAAUGGCAACCCUUAUCUCAAAACUGUCCCAAUCUCAGCGCUGAAACAGAAUGGGCUCUUACAGUCUCUGGCAGCAGGAGGCAAUCAGACUAAAACAGAAGAGGUGAGCUUGGAGGUGGAGCGAGCACAAGAGGAGUGGGAUGCCCUGGAGAGCAUCCAACCAGUUUUUGCUGAGGAUCUCACUCCAUCACCGCUGAUCUCUUUCAAUGAGGCUCUGCAGCAUUUUCAGACCACUGAUCUUGGAGACUUGCUUAAGAACAUUCAGCCCACCAUUCGCAGGACUGGACUGGCCGCCAUCACCCAUUUCCUGUUCGGUCCUCCACGGCUACACAAAGACCUUGUAGAGGAGAGAGACUUAGUGUUUGCCAUCGCACAGUGUUCUCUGGAUAAUGGCCAGUCAGUCCACAUGCGUGUACUCCAGACCAUUUACAGGAAAUUGACCUGCACUCGAGCUGACUGCCCUCGCUAUGGACCACACUGGGAGAACGUGGGCUUUCAAGGUGCAGACCCUGAUACAGAUCUGAGGGGAACUGGUUUUCUGGGCCUGAUGCACACGCUCUACUUCGUCAUGGACCCAGAGAUUCUACCACUUGCUAGAGAAAUCUACAAACUCUCUCAGCAUCCAGUCCAGAAUUUUCCCUUCUGUGUGAUGUCAAUCAACAUGACGCGAAUUGCCCUGCAUGCUCUCAGGGAGGAAGUGCUGUCCAAGGAGUGUAACCGAAGGCAACAGGUCGUGGCAGUGCUGAAUGAUUUUUAUGUUGCAACGUUCCUGUACCUCUAUCAGCUGUGGAAGAGCCAGCAGAAAACCAUCUCUGACUCUGGCUAUGUACUCAAAGAAGUUGAGCUCUUCGCUAAGAAGAACCCCAAGCAGAUUCUCAAACGUCUCGAGGGUUACCUGAAGGAGAGGCGUGCUGGGACAGGACACCGAACAUCACCUGACACACUAUCACAUAGCAACCCUUCACCUGGUGACACUGCGUCUCGAGCAGGGAGUCAGGGCGGGAAGGAGGACAAAGAGAUGAACUUCACUGGAGUGUGUGAGCUGCCACCUGAGAUGGAGGGCGAGGCAAGACUCAUCUGAGAGACCGAGAGGGAUUCGAUUUGUACAGUCUCAACUAUCUCUUGUGCUCUAAGUUUGUUGUUCUCUCUGUUUCUUUGUUUCCUUUCUGUCCUUUCAUGCUUAAGUACACUCAGAGACAAGUCUAUGUUGUAACUGUAGUUGCUAAAAAUAUAAAUCUAUUUGCUGUCUUUUUUUCUGUUAGAGUACUAUUGGCUCUUCUAUGAAAAAGACUAAAUUUAGUUGAAAAGGAGAAUCUCAGAAUUAACUGCCUCAGUGGCAGCAGGUUGUUUUGAAAUUGUCAGGAAGAAAGAGACGCUGUUUACAGGCCUCAAGGGUGUGCAGUUGCAGAGGAGAUGGCUGUAGAAGCCAGCCAGCACCUUACCCACUAAUGUGGUAUUGAGUGAGAGUGACUUUCUGUGUGUGAUGGCCUGACUGUUUAGGCAUGUAUUUGAUGGAGACUGUAGUCUAGUGAAAGCCUUGUGAAACUCAUGGUCAUUCGAACAUGUUCACUGUGACUGAGUCAAUGUUCAAGAAAGUUGGCAGUGUUUAAAUUGAUGUUGGCUCUUUAUGGAAUGAGGUAUAUCAAAACAUUGGAUGGAAAUAGCCUCAAUAGGCCAAUUUUUAUUUUUUAUUUUUUGGUCCCUUUAGAGAGAUAAAUGUCGCAAUAUGAUUCAGAGACUGUCUGACAUGUUUCUGUUGGCAGGAACUCUUCCACAAGAGCCUGAAAUUGUAAAGUCAGGGCAUCUUUUUGAUGGGAAAGUGCAUUUUAGUGACCAGUAGACCGAAAUGUAUGGAUGUUUGAGUAUCUAUUUUGCAGUUCAGUUACAAGUCUAACGUUGACACUUGCGGACUCUUUGCUAUUAAUUGAAUUAUAAGCUAAAUUUAUUUAACUGUUUGAGCUUUGAGCUGAAAUUAGGGCAGUAAUCAAAGUUAAAUGUUAUAUUUGGAGGUGUAGUUAUGCUUGUCUGCAUGAAGCAAAUCCUACAUGUUUCCUCUAAUGAUAGCAGGUAGAUUCCAGUUUUAAGUAGUCAUAACAUGACUAUGAACAUGUUGACAUGUUGUGGACGAGAGUGAGGAUGAUCCCAUGUCGUUAAAAUUUUGCUGGAUCAUUUCUGGGGGCCAGUUGCAUAAACUUAGCCUCUAUGUUAAGACAGUGUCUUAAGAACUAGUCUGACCAACUAGCAGUUAGCCAAGCGGUAAUCAGUCUUAUUUUUUGGAUUCAACAUAGACAAAUCUACGUUUUUAUGUAACAGAAUUAAAUAUGACCAGUCUUAAAGAAAAAAUUUAUGACAACUUGUAAGACUAGUCUAAGUCUUUUAUGCAACCGGUCCCUGGUAUCCCGGACGAGCCCCCAAUUUAUGUUUUGAAUCCUGUUAUGCCAGAAAUAGUACAAAAAUUUUUUUAUUGGUUACUUGUUAAGACAUCACAUUCUCAAGAUGUCUACUAGCUUGUCCUGAGAGAAUAGAUGGUGUAUUUUAAACUGCUGGAUAGUGAUUAGAUUGUUACAGCUCCCAGAAGCACUUCUAGCAAUGAAAGUGCGUAAACAUAUUAGGGAUAAUUGUGUCUAUAAGACAUGGCUUAAAUAAAACAUUAGCCAGGAAGCUGCAGGUCAUUUAAGCUGUAUGUUAUACAUAACCUAACAAUUAUUUCCUUCAGAGUUGCAUGAGACACGUUGAAAACUUAAAUAGCAAAAAGUCACUCUAGUGAACUUCUUGCAUCUAACAUACAGCAUUCAAACAGAAGUGUGAGACCUGUCAAUAGUGUAGUCAAGUACACCGUGAGACUUGUUGAUUUACACACAAAAAAAGCGUAGAAUACUUUGUUUGCUGUCGAGCCACAUUAGGUUAGUGCAGAAAAUAGUUGAGAAUUUGAUGUAUUUUUGUCAUUUGCGUCUUGUUCUCCCUAGUCCAGGUCCAAUAAAGAUGUGAGGGUUGCAACAGUCAUGUAAAUUGACGGUGACGUACUGUACAUUUGGAAAAAAACUUGAUGGGAAAAGUCUUUUCCCUCCCUUUGCAACCCUAUUCUGCACUCUCGUCUUGUUAGCAUGUCAGGUAGCGCUAGAGAUGUAGCAUCCAGGAAUCGUUGUUUUAAUUCCUAGUUGAAAAAGCUUGUUAAUCUAACUCCGUAUGGUUGCAUAUGUUUGUCUAAGUUACCUAGUCCAAAGUGUUGUUGUACAAUACGAGUACAGUGCGUUCUGUAUGUUUCAGGUUUCAUUUUACGCUCUUAUUUUAUUCUUUUGUAGUUUUUAUUUUUCCUAAACGACACAUGAAUAUAAAUACUCAGUGGAUGUAUAUUAGAAGUCCUGUCACUUUAGCCAGUUUAAUUUUAUAUAAAGCAGAGUAGUAUUUUAUAAACUUGAAUAAGAGCAAAGCAUGAUGGAAAAAGAAUGUUUAUAUACAAAGGUAAAUCACCCUUUCUUGGGUUAUUUACUAGUUUGGCUGGUUUGUAUUUAGUUUAGAUAAGCAGGUUCAACACUUUCAUUAUCCGUCUAUAUAUCUGAGUGAAUUCAAUGCAGUUCAGUGCUGUUGUUAACUCCACGGCAAGCAUUAAUGUGUUUCAUACCCAACUGCUGAAAGCAACGUUAACGCUAAGAAAGAGUGAAUUAUGAUGUUGCAUAAUAAUAUGUCGGCUGAUUUCAGUGUCAAACUGUUGAGAGAAGACUGCCUGAGAAACGGUGGAAAGCACACGUGUAUUUCCUUCUUUUUUAGGAUACUUCGAGCUGUUGUGUGCAGUUACUUCUUAAAAGUGUGUUUCUGUCUUGUUUACUAGUUGCUUAUGAACAAUCAUACAAAUCGAGCAAUCAUCCAUAACCCUGACCAUGAUAUAAGCCUGGUUUGGCACCUUUUUUGUGUAUAUUUGUGCACAAUUAGUUGCUUAGUGGUUGUUUUGCUGUUUUGUUUUGUUUUUAAAGGAGAGGGUGGUCUGUAUAUGUGAUGACUAUUAAAGUGUGUGUAUAUAUAUAAAUAUAUAUAUAUAUAACAAAAAUAUAUGAUUGUAACAGUAUGAUUGUUACCGGGGCAUAUUAUGCAUACCUCAGGCUUUAGACAAAUCUCUUCUGGGCAGACGUUUUAUUGAGGACAGCCAUGAUCCCAUGUCGUAGCACAAAAUGGUGUGGUGUCUCUUGCAGUAAUCUACCUAGCUUGGGAAUGUACUCUAUGUAUAUGUAUGUACACUAAUGCAGCACUGCAAAAUAUUGACUUCUACAGUAUAUAUUUCUAUAGCCCAUGUUUGUGAAAACCGUAGUCUUACACGCUGAAAUGCAACCGAACCUUCGCUGGAGGAUGUUUUUAACAAUCUUAAUGGUUUGACGUCGAAGCAAAUCAGACGAAUUUGUGGCCUUUGGUAUUUGCUGUGCUUUCGUGAAUGUUUUUUUUGCAGUUACAAUAUGUCAAAAACGAUUCACUCUACUAUGGCACAAUGUAACAAUAUUUGUUUGGACCAAAAGGAGCAUUUGUGGGUUUGAAGCUGGUUUGGAGGUCGAGGUCUUUUAACGGGAGAUCUCGCCGUCUUUAAAGGGAUCUCUCUGUUUUGAUUUUCCCAGUGUGUUUUACAAGAAAGCAUUCCAUCUGUCUGGCCCACAGAGCUGAAAUUUAUUUCUGGAGAAAAUGCAAACCCCACAUGUCAAAUUUGAUUCGUUGAGUUGCCCUGAAUCAAAUUACAAAUAUCCUGCACUUCAUUUAAAGAUGCAUCGUCAUUGUCUGUUAUGAUCCUUCAGAGCAUUUUAUUAUAUCUGAAACUUGAUUGUAGAAUCCCUAUUUUAUAAUGAAAAUAUAUUUCAGAAUAUAUGCGGUGGUACAGUGAUGUAUCGUAUGAAGAGUAAUAAAUAAAU